AUGUCCGAGCACACCCUGCCCCAGCUCCCCUACGGCUACGAGGCCCUCGAGCCCGCCAUCUCGACCGAGAUCAUGACCAUCCACCACACAAAGCACCACCAGCUCUACGUCACCAACCUCAACAACGCCAUCAAGGCCUACAACUCGGCCAUCUCGUCCAACGACGUCCGCAAGCAGAUUGAGCUCCAGAGCGCCAUCAAGUUCAACGGCGGUGGCCACAUCAACCACUCGCUCUUCUGGAAGAACCUCGCCCCCACCAGCGCCGGCGGCGGACAGCUCCAGGAUGGACCGCUCAAGCAGGCCAUUGAGCGCGACUUUGGCUCGCUCGACAACCUCAAGACGAGCUUCAACGCCACCAUUGCCACCAUCCAGGGCUCGGGCUGGGGCUGGCUCGGAUUCAACCCCAAGAACAGCAAGCUCGAGGUCGUCACCACCAAGGACCAGGACCCCCUGAUCUCGCACCACCCCAUCAUCGGCGUCGACGCCUGGGAGCACGCCUUCUACCUUCAGUACAAGAACGUCAAGGCCGACUACUUCAAGAACAUCUGGUCGGUCAUCAACUUCAAGGAGGCCGAGGAGCGCUUCAAGGCCGCCCAGACCGACGCCAAGGCCCGCGUCUAA